AUGACGCCAAAUCCACAUCUACACGCUUCUUCCUUUGAAGGAUUCUCAAACUUAAAUCCCGUUACUCACCGAGACCCCCUUUUUCACAGACUUGUCGAAAUCCGCGCCGCCCAACGAACCUUUGAGGGAGCCUACAUGCGAACCGCCCUUGGCCUCUUCUCCUUCUCCCUCGUCAUCCUCAAAGUCUUCACCGAGGAGUUCUACCCCAUCGGCGCCCUCUUCGCCGCCUUUGGCACCGCCAUCCUCCUCGUCUCCCUCUACCGCCGCUACCAGGGCAACCGCCAGUUCUUCGUCGCCGAGUCGGCAGAUGGCAUCUUUCACCGGAAAUUCCGGACCAGCGGCGACACUGUGGUCUUAUUGACCGUGCUGAGUCUUUGCGCCUAUGCUACGCUUUUGGCAUUGACGUGGGAACUUAAAGACGUAUGA